AACAGCGUCCAAAGCGUCGGAAGAAGAAGCAUCUAGGGCUGAACGAGCGCCCAAGAGGUCUGGAGGACCGAGAGCCUGCCUUCGUUGAGAUGACCGAGCCUACCUCGGCUCCAUGUGCCCAAAGCGAGUUUCCACCAGCAUCCAGCUCUCAACAUCCCGGAGACCGGUUGCUAGCUGAAGACCGUCCACGUACGGCCGACAACCGACAGUCCCGAAGCUCUUCCGACCAUGAACCUGAAUUUCCAUGUUCGCAAGCUGAAGCGCGUCGGCCGCGAAAGGGUCGGGAGAAGCAGCCAUGGCGGAACAGGCGCCCUGGAGGUUUGGAGGAUCGAGAGCCCGCCACCGUUGAGAUAACCGAGUUUACCCCGGCCCCAUCUGCCCCAGACGAAGUUUCACCGGCAUCCAGCUCUCAACAUCCCAAAGGAGACCUGUUGCCAGACCGUCCACGUACGGCCGACAACCGACACCUCCGGGGCUCUCUCAACCAUUGCACUGAAGUUCGACGUUCGCAAGCUGAAGCGCAUCGGCCGCGAACAACUCAGCGGUCUCCUUCCGUCGGUCUCCCGCCUUUGAACCGCCCACCGAAGGAACUAGCGCCAAUGCUGGCUAGUAGGCAGUCGCGAGGGGUUCGCACUUCAGAGACAGAUUCUGAUGAUGAAUUGGAUGGCUGCACCGGUUUGGACUUGUGCUGUCUUCUCCCUCCUGCUAUUCAUGGUGUCUCACUUCCUCGGCCUUGUUCUCGAGGAGCCUGGAGAUCAUCCACUGUUGUUCGGAGUGGCCAGUCUGCUGAUGAGCGCCCCCCUGCUCAUAUACCAAAUUGACCUUGCUGUUAAGGGCACCCCUGUGGUCCUAUCGGAGAACUGUAUGCUGGUCGAGCUCAGCCCCAGAGUGGGAUUCUUGGAUGCCCCGAUUGAUGCCUGGUGGAAGGCUCUUGUGCAGUGGGUUGGGCUCUAAGUCUACAUUCCUACCAUACCUAUGUAUGGAAACGUUGCGCUCAACAAUGUCCGUAUCCGUCGACCCUGAGUUGCCCUGCUGGGCCUGUUCUAAGGCGACCCACGGGAUGGGGAGUCCAUACCUGCAAUAUCAAAGUCUCAAUGGACACAGAGCUCCUGUGUCGACAUGCUGGCGCGAAAAUGGAAGACUAUAGGACGGUGGAACAUGCGCCUCCGGAUUUACCCCUAAUCCCCCGCUCGCCGUAUUCAUAUGGAC